UGGCGGACAUGAACGGAGAUGGUCGAUCAAAUGAUUACGGAUCACAAAGGGGACUCGACAGUCACACUAUAUGCGCAGAAGCUGUUAUUGAUAGUGAAAUUAUAAAAACAAUACGCAAACGGUUGUGCUGCGGUGUUUUUACCAAUAAUGGAUAUUUUCAAGCGGAUUGAUUGUUGUAUUUGUGAAAAGUGUAUGUGGUAUUCGAUUUAGUGUAGUAUACAUAGGAAAAAAUAAGUUUCUAUACUACGAUUAUAUUGUUGUUUGUGUAUAUUGUAAAAGAUUUUUUGUGUCGCAGAGACGUAACGACAUAAAGGGUGGCUCGCGGAUCCUUGAACAUGACCUAAUGCCCCAUGACAACGGCACACCCGUACUCACGCCAUAAUCGCUCGCCGACCUGACACGCACAAACACAUGUCCACAAUGUUGCCGCGUUGGUUGUUAGUAUGCUGCGUAGUGCUAUGCGCGCGACCGGCAUACCCUCAGGGCGCGCAACAGUGCCCAGCUCCGAACACCAUCACCCCAUGCAGUUGUACCGUCAAAAAGAAUGGGCUCGACAUACUGUGCGAGUUCACCGAACAGCAACAUAUUCAAAAGGCAAUGAAUACCCUCCGUUCAAAGCCGAUGAUAAUAUUCUACCUGAAGUUGAGGCACAAUAACCUUGCUAAAUUGCCAUCUUACAUAUUCCUGGGAUUGGAUAUCCGACAUUUGACAGUACAUAACAGUAGUCUUGCUGUUAUAGAAGAUUCAUCUCUCAGUUCUAUUGGAAACAAAUUAACGCAACUUGACGUAUCACAAAACAGUUUGGCGACAAUACCGACGUCUUCGUUUACUCACCUGAACCACCUCCUCAUACUCAACAUGAACCAUAACAAGGUGACUGCAGUGCACAACAGAGCUUUUAUGGGUCUAGAUACAUUGGAAAUCCUGACACUGUACGAGAACCGGAUAUCUGUCGUUGACGGCGAGGCUUUCAAAGGGCUGGAAAAGAAGUUGAAGCGACUAAAUCUUGGUGGAAAUGAUCUGACAGCCGUACCACAGAAGGCGUUGGCUCUACUUGAGAAUUUAAAAAAGCUUGAAAUGCAAGAAAAUCGUAUUGCAUCAAUUUCGGAAGGUGAUUUUGCGGGUUUGCGUAGCCUAGAUUCACUAGGUUUAGCACAUAAUCAAUUGCGUGAAGUACCAGCUCAGGUAUUUUCGCAUCUCGUAUUUUUAAAUUCCUUGGAAUUAGAAGGCAAUCAAAUUCAGAGGAUUGAUGAGAAGGCUUUCGCUGGACUUGAAGAAAAUCUGCAAUAUCUCCGGUUGGGUGACAACAGACUUCAUGAGAUUCCGUCAGAAGCACUCCGCCCGCUGCACCGUUUGCGUCACUUGGAUCUUCGUUCCAACAAUAUAACAUACAUAAAUGAGGAUGCUUUCACUGGAUAUGGUGACUCCAUUACAUUUCUCAACAUGCAGAAGAACAUGAUACAUCAGCUGCCAACUAUGGGCUUCGAUAACCUCAACUCCCUGGAAACGUUGAACUUACAAAACAAUAAGCUGCAACAUAUACCCGAGGAGAUAAUGGAGCCCAUAUUGGAUACAUUACGCGUAGUGGAUAUAAUGGAUAAUCCGUUAAUAUGUGACUGUGAGCUUGCCUGGUAUGAAGCGUGGUUGGCAGGCCUGAGGGACAGAGACGAUGAGAUGAUGCAAAAGAAACGUACUGUUUGUACCAUGGUCAGCGAGCACCGAGAAUAUAGCGUGUCCAAGAUGCCUCUAGAGAAAAUGAACUGCAAAAGGAAACCGGCGUACGGGCGCACUUCCGUCGCCUCUUAUAAUUGCCCCGCCAUUGUGACGAACACUUUCCUUAUCCUCAUUGUCAGGUGGCUCUAGAUUGUAUCCUUUUAACCUAAGUUAUUCCCUACUUUGUUCGAGUGAAGACUCAUACUCGAACUAGCUGUGGCCGGAUGGUUCGACGCGAGGCUUCACGGGUAAGUUAUGUUCAAAAUUUGGUAACGUGAUGAAUUUGUGCAAUAAAAUACGAUACAUAUCAAUUUUGGGCUGAUUAAAAACAAAAUUAGUUGUAUUAUGGAGCGGUAGCUUGAUAAGUAAAGAUGGCGGUGUAAUAUCGAGUAAGUUAGUGAUACAGUAUUUUUACGAGUUAGACGACCUCUUACGGUAUGCCUUACUAUAGUGUAAUAUACCAAGAAGUAGGUAACAUGAAAUACUUGACACCAGUAUGGCAUUAUUAUAAUAGGUAUCGCUGGAAAAAUAAUCUUGUUGCAAAGAUGGUACUGAACACCACUUCGGAAGCAAACUAUAAAGUUUCAACUCGUCUUGAUAAUUGUGAUCUUCACAAAAGAGCUAUAUUAUAACAAUCUUGAGCACAAUCUUUAGUUUCGUAUUUACAAGGCCCUUGGAAAUGAAAUUUCAAUAUUUUUUAUCGUUUACCCCUGCCUUUACUAUAAUAAUUAAAUAAGCUUUUAUGCAUUUACGAUGUUGACUAUUAAAGUAUUGUAUGUAUCUUAUAAGAGUCGUUUUUAUGCUAUAUUUGUGUAUGAUGUAUACCAAUCUAUUUAUGAACUUUUCUAAUAUUAUUUCAAUAGUAAGAAGAAUAUAAUAUUUAUAUCGUUGUUGCAUUGUGUUUAUUAAGAAAUAUAUUUUAAAAACAAUUAUUAUAUUUGCCUAAUAUUAAAAAUAAAACAAACUCAUAGGAAUGUAUUUAUCAAGCUUGUUUGAAAGUGUACUUCUUGUUUCAGAAUGAAGUUAUUUUUUAAGUGCGAAAUAUUCCAUUUUAUACGUUUAGAACCCUUCUAAUGUUCGAUUUGAUGUAGUAUAGAUGUAGGUAGAUAUUAAGUGUUAGAUAAAAUUUGUCGAGUUACAUGCUGUUAAUAUGUUGACACUACGUAGAUUUCUUGAGUAUAAAUAUUUAAAAUAAUUAUCCCAUCUUUAUAUUAUCGCGUCGGAAAAUGUUAAGUAUAAAUAUUUUAUUAUUCCAUAUUAAGUUAUUGAGAUCGUUAACAUUGCUUAGUUAGCAAAUAGUUUUGUUUAUAGCUUUAUUAAUUUCAUAGGCGAAUUGUAUACAGUAAUUAUAUUUGCUGUAAAAGUUUAAUCAAUAUUAUGUAGUCAGUAAUAAAUGUGACUUUAGACGUCGUUUGCUGACGAUGUUACUUUGCGAAUCUUUAAAAAAAUAACGCCAUGUUACCGUACAUUCAUUUAAAUUUUAUUAUUAGUAUAGUUAGCAUCAGAUUUAAUAACAAUUGGGUACAAAGUAAGUUUGUUAUUCAUGUCCUAUACGAACAGGGAUGUUAAUGAAACUGAAUACCCUGGAAAAUAAUAAUGACUGUUUUUUAGAAUACAUUUUAUAUAUUUUACUGGCGCUCGUGAGUUUCAAGAUCAACACUGUCGUUAAAAAAUGAUUUAGAAGAUUGUUUAUGUUAAGCUGAACAUGUAUAAUGUUGUAUUCAUUUAGGGAAGUCAAACAAUCGAUUCAUAGUUGUAGCUAGUUCAGAAACUUAAUAAGAACACUUUACAUAUAAUGUUAGUUGUCAACUCGUACGUACUUUCUUUUUGUUGCUUCCUGGCACUAAUAAGUUUAUAUAAAUUAUGGAUUUUUACAGCUAACAGGUAUGUAAGUUUGGUAAAUUGACCUUUUAUUGUCACUUGUACCUAUUCCAGAUAUUAAACUGACACAUCUCAUGUUGAUAAUAUUUACUUUCCUAGUAUUAUUAUAUAAUAUUAAUUAUUCUCAUAUGCUGGUGGAAAACAAAGUUAUUAUAAAAUAUUUACCUAGUAACAAUUUUAGAAUUAUAUUCAUUUU